AUGGACAGCCUCGCCGCGGCCGCCGCCAACUGCCGCUGCAGCCGCGUCGUCUACGUCGGCAACAUCGCCUUCCACGCCGUCGACAAGGAGGUCCUCGACGCCUGCGAGCUCAUCGGCCCCGUCCGCUCCUUCCGCCUCGCCGCCGACGCCGCCACGGGCAAGCGCAAGGGCUACGCCUUCGUCGAGUACGCCGACGACGCCACGGCGCAGAGCGCAUGCCGCAACCUGCACGGCCACCUCCUGCGUGGCCGCGAGCUGCGCGUCGGCCUCGCCGACAGGACCGGCGCGUCGGGGAGGCGCCGCGGCGACCACGACCCCGUCGGCAUGGACGACGCCAUCCACGCCGCCUCCCUCGUCGACUUCUCCGGGCAGCGCCACGCCGCAGCCGUCGCCUCCGUCACGCGGUAUCUGGCCGGCCUGUCCAGGCACCAGCUGCGGGAAGCCGCGGCCGCGUUCGAGACCAACAAGCUUCUCAAGGACACCGCCAUGGAGAUGGUGCAGCGCCUGCUCGACAUGGCGGCCGCCGACGCUGCCGCCGAGGAGGCAAAGAGGAAGAGGCAGGAGAGCGUCUCUGCUGCGACGGCCGAUGAUCACCGCGCCAAGAUGAGGAAGCUGGAAGAUGGCGGGAAGGCCACGCCGGUGCCCGCUGGAGUUGCCUGCGUCUGA